UCAGGAGCACAAACGACUUUUCCUAACACAAGGCGUUUAGCGAAGUUUUCUGACCGUAUCUUUCCCCGCAAAUGUCUGAAAUCCAAUCUUUUCCUAUGAAGUUGACUGCUGGGAGCAGGCGGAAUUGUCACCAGGAAUUGGGAGAGUGUGAAAUGAGCUGUGCCGAUUGGGGAUCCCUAUGAAGAACCUCUCCUUCUAGCUAAAUCUAUUCUACUACUUCACUCCAGGGCUUUCAUUGCCUAUUCUGUCAUUUCCGCACCUGUCAGCCACUGCAAAUCCACAGGGGGAGAAAGAAGAUAAGUAUUUAAAUGUGUUCCCUAAAGGAUUAAAACCUUUGGUGUGGUUGUUCAGUGUGCAGGCAGCAUCAGAAGUAGGUCCACCUCCUUCUCUUCAAUGAUGCUGUCUCUCUAAGCCUCACACAUGUAUCCAGCUGACGGAUUCUGCGUCUGUUGUACAUCUGCAGCCAAAGUCUUCUGCACUGUGGUCCAGGGGUUCAGGGAUGUAAAUUCCACAGGCUAAAACAGGGAACCUUCUCAGCACACAUGGGGACAUUAAAGCAAAUCAACAUGACUGAAGAACUUGGCGUGAGGGGAUGGCUACUGAAGAGCACAGUUACCCCCAUCCACUUUAUCCAUGGUGCCAGUUUCAUGAUGGACAGCACCAAUAUCCUUGGGGUUCAGGUGAUCCUCAUUGCAGCAUACUCUUUAAUCAUCCUCUUGGGACUUGUUGGCAACUCCUUGGUCAUCUACAUAAUCUUGAAAUACAAGAACAUGAAGACAGUAACAAACUUUUUCAUAGCCAACCUAGCUGUGGCAGAUCUUAUGGUGGACAGCCUGUGCCUGCCAUUCACCCUGGUCUACACAUUGCUAGAUGAGUGGAAAUUUGGCUUAGUACUUUGCCAUUUGUUUCCUUACGCACAAGCUAUGAGUGUCAACGUCUCCACCCUCACCUUAAUCGUCAUUGCUCUGGACAGAUACUGGUGCAUUGUAUUUCACCUAAGCAGUCGAAUAUCUAAAAAGUUCAGUAUCUUAACUAUCACAGUCACAUGGCUGGCAGCUUCCAUAUUUGCCAUCCCGCUGGCUGUUUUUAGAGAGUAUAGGUAUGAGGACUUACCAACCUUCAAUCUCAGGAUAGCCGUCUGUGCUGAAAAGUGGCCCUCAAACAACAGAGACGCAGCCAUCUACAGUGUGUCAAUGCUGCUUCUGCAGUACAUUCUGCCUCUUGUGGUUAUCUGUUACGCAUAUAUCAGGAUAUGGCUGAAGCUUAAGAAUCACAUAAGUCCAACACCCAGAUGUGAAACUCAACAACGACGAAAAAAUACCACCAAGAUGCUGGUGGUGAUGGUCGUCGUGUUUGCCGUUUGCUGGCUUCCCUUCCAUGUCUUUCAAUUGGCCAUCGACCUGGAUUGGGUCCUCCUAUUCCAAGAGUACAAGCUUCUCUAUACCAUCUUUCAUGUCAUCGCCAUGUGCUCCACAUUUGUCAAUCCUCUCCUCUAUGGAUGGAUGAAUAAGAACUAUAGGAAUGGGUUUCUCUUGUUUUUUGGCUGCAAAAACAAGCUGCAAAACAGUCAACCAGACGGAUCUCUCCGGGGCAACUCCUAUACUUUCCGUGCUACGACGUACCAUGGGAGUUUCCGUCAUGCUGGAGAGAAUGGACAGCCCCCGACACAUGUCUAACUUGGUUGUGCUACAGUGUGUUGUUUUCAAAAGCCAUUUCCCUGUAUAGUAUUUCAUCAUUUUGAUGCAUUAUUUUUUGACAAUACCUGCUGUUGAUAGAUAAAAAUGCCCAAGUUGUUUUUGAAACCGACUAGGAUGAUUUGUUUAUCCGUAUACAGCUGUGUCCUCAUUCACCUUUGCUGUAGGUGUGCCAAAUAGCCCCUCUUUGUGUGCCAAGGUCCUUACAAGCAUCCUAAUUUGCACUGCUAAAAUGACUAGAAGGGACACUGGGGCUUGUGGUACUUGUAGACCUGUGUGCGACUAAGUCGCAAAUCUGUUCAGUAAAAGGCUCUGAUAUGAGCGACUGCAGCUGUUCCUCCCGCCACUUCCCGUUAUACUGACUCGCAACUUUGUACUAUCAUAUCCUUUGCGACAAAAAUUGCACCCUAGCAUCUCUGGUACACUGGGCCUAAUUCAGAUGCUGUUGGAGCUGUGCCCUGUGCCACAGUGUAAUGCAGGACAGCAGCAGACUGUUAGUAAUUGACAGUCUGCUGCUGACUGCGGGGUGGGGAGGGGGCGUUUGUGAAAAUGGAGGAGUGUCACCGCGGUUUAGAGGAAGGGAAGAGGCCAGGGAUCUCCGCUGCAAGCCACCCGACGAUAAGUGAGUGAACUGAUGCUGUUAGCUAGGAUGCAGGAUAGAUCACUGCUGCAGCAGGAGGCAUCUGUUUGUAAUAGAUGCCUCCUGCUGCAUUACAAGGCAGAGCUAUCACUACUGCUUCCAAAGAACCCGCAGUGAUAGUUGGCGGGAUGUACUAAAUGGAAAAUGCGGUAAACUGGAGUUUUUAGACUGUACUAUCGCCCAGACGCCAGGUCAGUGCAGCGGAGGGGUUCGCCAGCUUUUGCUGGCGAUACCCCAUAGAAGCCUAUGGGCUUCUCUCCGCAGCACUGUCUGAGGGAUCUGAUCAGAUCCCUCCCACCAUGCCCCGCGUCCGGCGCCGUCAUUCUGCACAUCUGUCAAGUCAAGGAUACGCCGGGUAUCGCGGAGGACAGCUCUUAUCAGAAGAGCUGUCCUUCGCAAUGCUAAGCGCAUAUGUAAGUACGGGUGGUCUUCAGGUUGCCAGUGGCCGGGCUCCCGGUGACCACCAUACCGGCGCCGGAAUCCCGACCGCCGGUAUACCGACAUCUUUUCUCCCUCUUAGGGGUCCACGCCCCCCCUGGUGGGAGAAUAGAUGCACGCCACCGUGCCCGCAGCGUGGCGAGCGCAGCGAGCCCCCAAGGGGCUCAUUUGCACUCGCCCAGCUGUCGGUAUACUGGUUGCCGGUACCCCGACCACCGGCAAACCAUACUACACCCGUAAGUACACAUGCACUUAGCAUCGUGACGAAUGGUGGCGAUAGGCAGCGAUGUUAUUUAGUACAUCCCGCCCAGUAUCUUCAACCACAUCUGCAACAGGCCCAGUGUGAGUGUCUUUGUAUGUGGCUACUAUGCGACUAAGAUGUAAUAUUUAGGGAAUAAGUACUCUGCACUAUCCGUGUCAGAGCCUGUCACUUGUCACAAGUGUCUCGCUCCGUAUGGCGUAAAGGUUGUAGGCAUAUGAGGACACAUCUGUAGGGCAGGUUUUGCUCUAUAAACCUUUCAGGAUAGAUCUUUGGUUAACAGAGACAAUAAAAAACUAUUUUUAGCCAAAUGUUUACCUAAUGACAACUAAAAUAUUAUUUGAAGUAUUACUGGAGUAUAUUUUCAGAACAGUCAUCAAAGUAUGUUUUAUAAAUAUGUCAACUAUUGUUUCAGUACAACUUAUGGGUGUUACUGUUGUUGCUCUAUCUUGGUUUAUGUGUAGACAUUGAGACUAUUGAGAUUAAAACUGUUGCUUUCUGCUGUGAUGGUUUUUAUGCUCUGAUUGGCUAUAGGAUGGUCUCAUCCAGUUGCGGAUUUUACCUAUGGGCUGCGGAACUGCAGCCCCCCCUACCCCCCUCAGGUAAAAUCCACCACCUAGCUCAGUGUCCGUGAAGCCAGAUGCCGUCCGUGACUGCACUGGCUUCACUGUGACUGGCAGUGACUUCCUAUUGGAAGUCCUACCCGCCAGUCAGAGAUACUACAGGCAGUCCCAUUGGGAGGUGCUAGACUGGGCUGUGAUAAACAUAGUGUGUAACCAUACUAAUAUUCUGAUUGGCUACAAGCUGGCCUAGCCCUGUAAUCAUUUAACACACUGAUUGGUUACAGAUUUGUCUAUCUACUAAUACUAUACAGUAUAUGGGACACAGAUUGGCUAAAGGUUGGUGCUAUUUUAAUACAUUUCAGUCACUUACAAAAAUACAGCAUGCCUGUGCCAUCAUAACUGGCCUCCGUGCCUCCAAAUAAAGGCAACCAUCUUGCAGCAACAGUAUAUGAUAAGUAGAUACUGCAAUCCAUAAAUAACACCAUUGUAUAUACUGUAACUGUAGAAUAUUGUAUAUCUCAAUUGUACUAGCUAUGCAGCAAAUACACUAACACAUAUGUCAAUUACAAUAAUAAAUAACGCAUCUACAACA